AUGCAUCCACAACUAGAAGCCAGGAGGUUCAACUCCUGCUAUGAGCUAAUUCAAGCUUUAGACAAAUGCCACCAGCAGGAAUACUACAAGAGGAUCUUUGGAUUGUGUAAUAACGAGAAAGAAGCUUUGAGCCAAUGUUUACAUGAGGCGAGAUUGGCCGGAGAGAGAGAGGCUAUCAAACAAAGGAGGCAGGAACGUAAGACGAUGGAAGAAAAGUGGAAGAAGAUUGAUGAAGAGGAAUACGGGGAAGAUGCUAUCCUUAAGAAGAUCAUCGAAAGGUACCAAGCUAAAAAGAACGGUUCGAACGGCUCGGAGUGA